AUGCUUGCGGCCGCGGGUGCGGUCUGCCACGGGCUCGUCGACAUUGAGCUCGAGGUGGUCCACGCGAGCCGCGAGGUCCUUGAUGCGCUUGUCGAGCUUCGCGUAGUCUUGCUCAGCGCGGGCCUCGAGGGCUUAUGCUCUGGCGAGACAGGGAAGUUUGCCGUCUCGCGCAGCGCCUCGCACGCCGCCAUCCUCGGCGGGCUGCCGUCCGGGCCGCGGAGGAAGCGCAUCCUCUGCGUACGGCUGGGGUGGGGCGGAGGAGGAGAGGCGGUGAUGGAGGUGGAGAAGCGGGUGGCAGCCGCCAUGAGCCUCGAGGCCACCAUCGCGCAAAAGACGGCUGGCACAGACGCGAGCGAGGUGCUGGAGCUGGUGCUGGAUGGUGUCAAAGCGAGCAAAGUGACGGGCCUGAACCAAUUCACCAAGCUCAAGGUGCUGCAGCUGAAUGGGUGCGGGCUCACCUCGCUCGAGGAGUUCCCCACCCUACCCAACCUGCAGCGGCUCGAGCUGGCAGACAACGCGCUCUCGGACGGGCUCGACCACCUGCAGGACGCGGCGCUCAUGCAUCUGAAGGUGCUCGUCCUGGCGGGAAACAAGUUUUCGUCGCUCCAGGGCCUCGAAUCUCUGGCGUCGCUCCCCAGCCUGCGCGAGCUCGACAUGGAGGGCUGCGCCGUCGCGGAGGAGGACGCCUACCGCGAGACAGUCUUUGAGAUGCUGCCGCAGAUCAAGUACCUGGACGGCGUCGACGGGGACGGCGAGGAGAAGGACGAGGAGGAGGAGGACGAGGAGGAGGAGGACGACGACGACGACGAGGAGGCGGACGAGGACGUCGACUCGCUGCUCGAUGAGGAGGGCUCCGAGCUCGGCGGCGACUCUGAGCUCGGCGAGGAGGGGGCGGACGAGAGCGACCUGGGCGAGGGCGAGUCGGAGCUGGGCGAGGAGGAGGGCGAGGAGGGCGAGUCGGAGCUCGGAGACGAGGAGGGCGAGGAGGGCGUGUCAGAGGCGGACGGCGAGGAGGACGGCGGUUCCGACGCGGGCGAGGGCUCCGCCAAGCGCCAGAGGAGAUAGCGACUUUUCCGGCGGCGUCGCGGCGCGCGCGCGCCGAGUCCGACUCGGCGCCUGGCGCCGCGCCUUUUAGGCUCAGAAGCGGGCACGCGGGUCCGGGCGGAGGCCUCUCUGUAUUUGCAUCAGGCGUUGGCCGCGGUGAGGCUCUUGCCCUAGCUUGGCGUAGGAUGGUGCCGGCGCCUGCCUAGCGAGCCUGCCGCACACACCGUAACACGUCGGCCCGCUGCCACCGUGCGUGUGAGUACACAUGUACGUACACAUGGGCGGCGGACAACCGUCAA